UUUUAGUUUUAAUCCCUAAACGGAUCUAGCGAUCCUACAGGAAGAGAAAUUAUACUCCAUUAUUAUGUAAAUGGGAAAACGCGUUGAUACUCUCAUCAAAAGCGCGAUCUUCAACUCCAAUAUUCUGGAAUGGCAUGGCCUUCAAUUUCUCCUGCUUCAACACCACUGUAACCUCACUCAUCCUCAUCAUUACUAUCCUCUUCUUCUUCAUCGUCCUCCCAUUUCCCCAAUAUUCCCCAAAUCAUAUUCACAAAUCUCCAUUAAUUCCUCACAGGUCCCUUUUGAAUGCCACCAUUCUUGAAGAAAAAUCCGACCAUUUUGUGUGCAAUUUCACCAACUCCAAUGGAAUCUUUAACUACUUUUCCUUGCACUAUUGUCUCUUCCAAGGAAACCCAUUUCUCUCCAUCCCUUUUUUCGCCCUCUGUGUAUUUCUACAGUUCUACAUCCUCAUCAAGACUGCCCAAGAUUACUUUUCUGUUGUGGUUACUAAGCUUUCUAUACAUCUUAGGCUGUCUCCUUCUAUGGGUGCAGUGACCCUUUUGGCUUUAGGUAAUGGUGCGCCUGAUGUUUUUGCAUCUGUGGCUGCAGUUAGGGGAGGUCAAGCCAGGACUGGGUUUGGCGCGAUUCUUUCAGCAGGGACUUUUGUCUCUGCUUUUGUGGUUGGGUUCGUGGCGAUUUAUGCAGCACCUUUUGCUGUUGAUCCUGCUCCGUUUGUGAGGGAUGUGAUGUUUUAUUUGACUGCUGCCUUGUUUCUUUUUUAUGUCUACUUAAGUGCUGAGAUUUUCCUUUGGCAAGCUAUCGGGUUUGUUGCGUUUUAUCUCUUCUUUGUUGGAUUUGUAUUUUGGAUGGACUUGGGGAUGGGUGGUGGGAAAGAGAAGGGGGGUAAGUUUGGAGGUGAGGUGGGUUUGGUUAGAAGUGAUGAAGUUCAUAUAGGGAUUGUUGAGUUGGAUUCUGAAAAAGGCAAAGUUAUUGCAACUGUAGAAGAUGGAAAGAGGCAUACUACAGGUUCCUGGCAAGGUUUUGGAAAGGUCUCACUAAUCUGGACACUUCCUGUCUCGAUGCUUCUUAGGCUCACUGUACCACAGACUGCACCUUCUGAAUGGAGUAAAUUCUAUCUAUCUGCCAACAUUGCUCUCUGCCCCCUCCUACUUCUGUUUUCCUGCAAAUCUUUCGUGCCAUUAAAUCAUCCAAUCUCUUUCCUACUCUCAGACACCCAUUUGCCUCUUUGGUUCAUUGUACUUUGUGCUACUUGUUCUUUGGCUAUUCUACAUUUCAUUGUUGAAAAGGAGGCCCCUAAAACUGAGCAAAUGCCUGUAGUUGUCAUAGCAUUUGUGAUGAGUGUAUUUUGGAUCUCCACAGUUGCUGGGGAACUCCUCAACUGUCUUGCAGUUCUAGGAGAGCUCCUGAAACUGCCUGCUGCCUUUCUUGGUUUAACGGUGCUUGCAUGGGGAAACUCAGUUGGUGAUCUUGUUGCAGAUGUGGCUGUUGCAAAGGCUGGCCAGCCGGCCAUGGCCAUGGCUGGUUGUUUUGCUGGGCCGAUGUUCAACAUGCUUUUUGGGCUUGGAACUGCUUUGGUUAUACAGACAGCAAAUGUAUAUCCUGAAGCUUAUGAGCUUCAUCUCCACGUGAGUAUUGUGGUUGCUUUUGUUUUCUUGCUAUUGAGCUUGAUGGGAUCUCUGCUUUUAGUGACAUGGAAUAGGUUCCGGGUGCCAAGAUUCUGGGGAUUUUGCCUAGUAGGACUCUACGUUGUUUUCAUGGUAAUAAGCCUGAUCAUUGCCACGUUCUCUGCCUGAGUUUUAGAGACAGAAGUGCUGAAAAGUCGCCACAUAUAAGACGUUGAACAAUAACAGUUGAUUCAUCCAUCACUGGUCUGUAACCAUAUGGGAGCUGCUAAAGUUUUCAAGAUGAAGUAGCUGGCAGUUAUUAGAAAUGCGCCUUUACUACAAAAUUUGGGAAAUGGCUGUGUUGUUAGCCUUCAUUCACAAACCAGUUAAGAGAUCCUAUUGGUUUCCAUGCAAGAAUAUAAUAAUUCAUGUUUUCAGUUUAUUGUUGAGUGAGUAAAGUGAGCUGGAAAGCAUAAUCCACUAGUUGUAUAGAAAAUUUCUGGCCACCAAGAAGUUUCAUGUAAACCUGUUCUUUUUUCUUGUGAAAUUGAACAGAAUUUUAGAGAAAAAUGCUCAACUCCGUAUUCAUGCAGAACUACUCAAAUCAUACCAUAUUAUUCAAACCUUUUCUC